GAGAAAGACACAGACAUGGCAGAAGAAGCUCCAGCAGCUCCCGCGGCGAAAGCUCCGGCCAAAGCCCCCAAGAAGAAGGCAGCUCCCCGGGCAAAGAGUGAUGGGCCCUCCCUCCCGAAGCUCAUCCUCGACGCCGUGACUGAGUCCAAGGACCGUAAAGGGACCUCGCUUCCGGCUAUCAAAAAGACGUUGGCCACCAAAGGCAUCGACCUGGAAAAGGCCAACAAACGCAUCAACACCGCGGUGAAGAAGCUGGUGACCGACGGAAAGCUGGUCCAGAAUAAAGGGGUUGGUGCUUCCGGAUCUUUCAAGCUCCCCAAGGCUUCGCCUAAAGCCGCCAAAACGGGCAAGAAAGCUCCCGUUAAGGUGAAGAAACCCGCUGCCAAGUCCCCGCAGAAGAAAACCGCAGCUAAGAAAACUGCAGUGAAGAAGACCGCAGCCAAGAAAACCGUCGUUAAGAAACCAGCGGCCAAGAAACCGGCGGCCAAGAAGUCUCCUGUGAAGAAAGCUGCCAAGAAGCCAGCAGUUAAAUCUACUCCCAAGAAGGCUGCCCCUAAAAAGGUGGCAAAGAAGAAGACCCCUGUGAAGAAAGCUCAGGCAAAGAAAGCUGCAGCGAAGAAGUCCAAGAAGUAAAGUGGCUCUUUAACCUGCACUCAGUGCACCAAAAGGCUCUUUUAAGAGCCACUACAGAUUCACAAGAGAGCUGUUUUCCUACAACAUUAUCACGUCUGUUUCUGUUGUUUGUUUGUUUUCUAUUUUAUUCUACCAAAACACGAAUUGUUGGUUAAGAGUAAUUUGUUUCCAGUUAAAUCAAUGUGCUACAUUUUCAAAGAACAAAAACAACCUGAAUUUAAGAUGUUUUCCUUUUUAAACCUAAAAAAAAAAAAAAAAAAGUUCAUACUCCACGUAUCUUUUUCUGAUUUGUAAAUCAGAUUAUGGCCCACCUUUUUGAAUUUUAAUAUUACCCCAUUGAGAAUCCUGUUUUUCAAGAGGAAAGACAAGACCGGCAACAGCAUACAUAUUAAAGUCACCGUUAAUAUUGUUCUAUUCAAAAGGAGAAAACAAUUGAUAAUCAACCCUUAACCAACUUAAUACCUAAUAACCUUUAAGCUAUUGAACAGUUUUUCAAGGAAGACUUGUCUAAAACCUUUAAAAAGUAA